GCUCGGGGCUCGGGAGGCAGCUCGGCGCCGGGCGGCCGCGGGCGGGCCUCGCAGCUUGUAGGCCUACCAGGAUGGAGGGGAAUGCUGAAAUGGAGAUGCUGAGGACACUGAAGGGGCCCUCCACAGGAGAGGUCAACGUGCACCUGGUGGCCAGAGACAGCCCAGGUUCCGGCUCUCACCUGCCGGCUACCGCCUUCAUCAUCCCAGCCGGCUCAGCCACCCUUGGUCUGCCCAGCAGUGCCCUGGAUGUUUCCUGUUUUCCGCGGGAGCCGAUCCAUGUGGGCGCCCCGGAGCGCGUGGCCGGCAGCCUACCUGUCACGGCCACCGUUCUGCCGCAGUUGAGCACGGAGCCUGCGGCCAGCGCCAGCGCCGCCACCGUGCGGCUCCUGGAGUGGACCGAGGCCACGGCCCCGCCUCCUGGGAGCGGCCUGCGGUUCCGGAUAAGCGAGUACGCGCCGCUGAACAUGGUGGGAGCGGAGCAGCCCCCGAGCCCCGAGCUGCGGCCGGAAGGUGUGGCCGACUGUGAAGACCGCGAGGCCCCGGCGGGAGGUGGCGAUGCGGGCACCCAGCCGCCGGCGGACCUCCCCCAGGAUCCUCCAGAAGACCCUCCGCAGAACCCCCCGGAAGAGGAUGGCACCUGUCAGUGCCAGGAGUGUGGACCUCAGCAAAGUGCAGGUCCAGAUCCUGCUUCCUCCAAAGAUGACUGCCCCCAGCUGUUCCAAGAGCGGUCAGUCAUCGUGGAGAACUCCUCAGGCCAGAACUCCUGCACCAGCACUUCUGAGCUUCUCAAACCCAUGAAGAAGAGGAAGCGCAGGGAAUACCACAGCCCAUCAGAGGAGGAGUCAGAGCCUGAGGCCCUGGAGAAGCAAGAAGAAGGAAAGGAUCCAGAGGGACAACCGACUGCUAGCACCCCAGAAAGUGAGGAGUGGAACAACAGCCAGCCUGCAUCAGGGGAGAAGAAGGAAGGCUGGUCAUGGGAGUCCUACCUCGAGGAGCAGAAGGCUGUCACUGCCCCUGUCAGCCUCUUCCAGGACUACCAGGCAGUCACUCAUAAUAAGAAUGGCUUCAGACCGGGCAUGAAGUUGGAAGGCAUCGACCCUCAACACCCGUCCAUGUACUUCAUCCUCACCGUGGCCGAGGUGUGUGGCUACCGUCUACGUCUGCACUUUGAUGGGUAUUCUGAGUGUCAUGACUUCUGGAUCAAUGCCAACUCCCCUGACAUUCACCCCGCUGGCUGGUUUGAGAAGACUGGGCACAAACUGCAGCCCCCCAAAGGUUACAAGGAGGAGGAGUUCAGCUGGAGCCAGUAUCUGCGCAGCACAAGAGCUCAGGCCGCCCCCAAGCACCUGUUUGUGAGCCAGAGCCAUAAUCCUCCACCCCUGGGUUUCCAGGUGGGCAUGAAACUGGAAGCUGUUGACCGCAUGAACCCAUCCCUCGUCUGUGUGGCCAGCGUGACAGACGUGGUGGACAGCCGCUUCCUGGUGCACUUUGACAACUGGGAUGAUACUUACGACUACUGGUGUGAUCCCAGCAGCCCUUACAUCCACCCGGUGGGCUGGUGCCAGAAGCAAGGAAAGCCCCUCACCCCUCCACAAGACUACCCGGACCCUGAUAGCUUCUGUUGGGAAAAAUACCUGGAGGAAACUGGGGCCUCUGCUGUGCCCACCUGGGCCUUCAAGGUGCGACCCCCACACAGCUUCCUGGUCAACAUGAAACUGGAGGCCGUGGACCGCAGGAACCCAGCCCUCAUUCGUGUGGCCAGCGUGGAGGAUGUGGAGGACCAUCGCAUAAAGCUCCACUUUGAUGGCUGGAGUCAUGCCUAUGACUUCUGGAUUGACGCCGACCACCCAGACAUCCACCCUGCAGGCUGGUGCUCCAAGACAGGGCAUCCCCUGCAGCCUCCUCUCCGACCCAGAGAGCCCAGCUCUGCCUCGCCCGGGGGCUGUCCCCCUCUCAGCUAUCGAAGCCUGCCACAGACGAGGACCUCCAAGUACAGCUUUCACCACCGGAAGUGCCCGACUCCUGGUUGUGAUGGCUCUGGCCAUGUCACAGGCAAGUUCACAGCUCACCAUUGCCUCUCGGGCUGCCCGCUGGCUGAGAGGAACCAGAGUCGGCUGAAGGCGGAGUUAUCGGACGCAGAGGCCUCGGCCCGUAAGAGGAACCUCUCGGGCUUCUCCCUAAGGAAGAAGCCUCGCCAUCAUGGCCGGAUUGGACGCCCUCCAAAGUAUCGGAAGAUCCCACAAGAAGAUUUCCCCACACUGACUGCCGAUGCCAUGCACCAGUCCCUCUUCAUGUCAGCCCUGUCGGCUCACCCUGACCGUUCCCUCUCUGUGUGCUGGGAGCAGCACUGCAAGCUCCUGCCGGGAGUGGCGGGCAUCUCGGCCUCAACAGUUGCCAAGUGGACCAUUGAUGAGGUCUUCAGCUUCGUUCAGACCCUGACCGGCUGUGAGGACCAGGCACGACUCUUCAAAGAUGAGGCGGACAUUGUGAAGAUCAUGAGCGUGAAGCUGGGUCCAGCCUUGAAGAUCUAUAACGCCAUUCUCAUGUUCAAAAACGCCGAUGACACCUUAAAGUGAGUGGCUCAGGGCUGGGCUCACUGCCAGCCCGAGCUGGGCCUCCCUCCGCAGCUGAUGCUUCUUUCCUGACUUGAGUUCCUCAUAUCCCACCCAUACCCCCACCACCCUCUACAUCUUACCAGGGGGAGGUCCUCCUCCUCUUGGCUCCUUCCUGCGAGGUACGUGGGAGUCCUCGCCCCUCCUGAGUCCUGGGGCUCAUCUGCCACCAGGCACACCAGUGAGGGUGUGACUGGGCUGGGGGAACACUACUGGUGGAGUGGAUUGGAGGGGCCCUGCCUCUGGCAGCCUCACAUCCCCAGCUGACCUGUUUGAUCACCAAAGGGUCUUUUUCUUAGUGGUUAAGGACAGUCUGGUAGAAUGGGAGUCCUCCGGUUGGAGGCUCAUUUCUCUUGGGCCUCUCUCCGUGCUUUUCUUUCCUUGGUUCCGACCCAGAAGUGACCCAGCCACAAACAUAUUUACUCAUUCUGAUGUCUGGUUUCCUGGGCAGGGCCCCCAGCCAUGGCCUACCCAGACCCCACUGGCUCCUCCCCGUUAGAUGGGUGAGCUUCAGAAACAGGUUGUCGUAGGAUCCGCUGGGAGUCUCUGGCUGCUGUUCUCCCUUUUGCCCAAAAAUGGGGGAUUCUGAGCUAAGAUGCCUUCCUAAGCAUGCCCCAUUCUGGAUCAGCUAGCAUUUUAGUGGCCCAUGCCAAGCCCUGUUUCCAGCAGAGUAGGUGGUGAGAGCCUGUUUUACCCAUGCAGAGAAGAUCCCCAUCCACCCUUCCUGUAUCAAGUGUGGGGAAAGGGUAUGUCAGACAAUCUCGGAUCUUUGGCCAGAGGGGCAGCUCCAGCAGGCAUGGUGGCCCUUAAAGCUGGGCUUAGCAUCCUUCCCUGCAGCCAUGGAUCUCAGCCAAGGUAGUGCCCAUGGGGUGGGGACCCCAUGCCUGCCAGACCUCUUGCCAUGGGAAUGUGCUACUCUGUCCAGCACACGUACCUCACAACAUCACAUUCGACUUGUCCCUUAAAUGUCUUGCUCUUGAGGAGUCUUAUGAAGCUCACUUGAAAUUGGGAGUUGGGAAAGUGAAUUCUUCAAUCUUUGAGUUUGCUGUGUCCUGUAAGCCUUUCUAAACUACUGUCCAUCUGUCUUGCACUGCCAGCCAGGUGCCUGCUGGGGCUCUGGGACUUCAACCUUUUCUGUCCAAGUAGGGGCCUAGGCUUCACCGAGCCACUGCCUAACCAGCCAGGGUGGGGCUGAGGCAGAGGGCCCGGCAGCAGCUGGCUGCAUGUGGAGGUGAAGAGCAGCUGCCAAGGCCCUGUGGCCCCAGGUGCUGACACAGGCCCACAGGGUGCAGAGCCAGGCCCCUUCCCUCAGUCACGUGAUGUGUUUGUGCACACAGUGUCCUCAGAAGUGUUUGACAGGUGCAUCCAUGAGGCUCAGUGUUGGGAAAAUGUCAAGGGCUAUUGUUAAAAUACAAAGCUUUAUCUUUCCCAUAGAAGUGGGAUACCCAAAGCUCUGUUGAUUUCCUGCCACAGCCCAAUAGGGGACCCUGUCUCACCUGGGCCCAAACAGCUUUGCUUUGUGCAGGGGCAGCCAUCUACCCACUGAGCUGAACUCCUGCAGGGCUUCAAAUGUUCCUUCCCUUUUGGCCCGUAGGGGCAGCUCUGAGCACACAACCUCCCUGGGCAGAAAGGCUCGGGUUUACGGAGAUUGCUUUGAUGCCUCCUUGGCCAAGAGUAAGGAGGAACAAGUAUGAGCCUCUCCAACUUGGUCACUGGGGUGAUGGCAAAACUCACCAGCUCCUUGGCCUUGUCUGUUCCUCUUGGAAACCGAGGAGAAACUGGCCUUGUGGAGUGAGGAGAAGUCAGCAAGCAUGUGCGGUUGUGCUGCAGGACCUCCCCACGCCUAAGGAGCCAGGCAGGGACAGCUUUGUGGCGUGGGUCCGCCAGCCACACUUCUAAUGCUGGCCUGCUGGAAAGGCAGGAUGGACUAAGGGCCUGGAGAGAAGGGCACUCAGGCCUCCGAACUUGGACACCUUAGCACUUUCUGCACCAAUGUCAAACUGUGGCAAGAAACCAUAAGAAAGGUUCAUCCUGUCCGCAGCUGAGAUCUCCACACCUGAACCUGGGGGCACAGUGGAGGGAGGGACUUGGCACCAACGAUGCGCCAUGUGCCUCUACCCUGCCCUCUGCAGCAGACGCUGCUUACACUUUGGCCCUGGAGCUGUGCCCAGGCCUUGUCUGGCCAGGGCUUCGGUCUGUGAGGACCUUUCUAUUUAGUUUCUGAAGCAGAGAGAAUGAUCCCAGAGUUUGAAAAUGAAGCCUGUUUGCACUUUCAUUCACAUGGCACUUUGGUGGAAUUGUUUUUGUACUCUCCGUGUGGGGAUGCCUGUGUGUUCUUUCAGAGAAUCCUCUGGCUUAAGGUAAAGUGACUCUUGACUCUUGAGGGAGAAAAAUUUAUAAACUGUGGUGUUUUGUCAGUGUGUUGAAACAACAUAAAUAAACUUGGAACAUCUGGAUGAUA